GUUUUCAAAACAUUUCUUAUUCAGUCGGUAUUCGCACACUCAGCAGAGCAGUUGUGCAGGUACUACAUAGGAGCACUUAGUUUUAGCGUGUGGAAAAGUCAACGGACAUCAGUAGCGAGUACGCGGCGUAAGCUGAAAUCGACGACUCUACGCCAAUAGUCGAUGAGCUAUUAUCGACGGUGAAUCGGUCAACGUGUAUUUUUUAAAUUUUUAUUUUAGCCAUUGUUUUCGUCAUUACGUUCGCUACGCUGCAGCUAAUCAGCCGCAUAUUCGCGCACCACGCCACAUAGCCGCCUCGCCACACGCUGGUCAACUCUGCGCCGCUUCGUGGACGUUUGAGGUUUUGUUUGGUUUUUAUUUGGCCGCAGUCGUCGUCGUUGUCGUGCACUGGUCGAGUUCAGUUCAGCUUUUCCGCAACACAUUCGCGCCUUUUACGUGCUUUUUACGCGCAGUUUAGCGACUCAAUUGUCGUCAGUCGCAUUGUUGGGCGGCCGCGUAUUGUGGUGCUAAAUAUUCGUUUCAAUUCAAGCGACAUUUAACUUUAUUGGUGCCGAAUUCAAUAUACGCAUACAAGAGUAAUGCAUACAACAACAAAUACGAGAGCAAACAACUGUCAUUAAAACAAAAAAAUACUUAAUUGCAACAUUAAACAGAAACCAUAUUACAAGUGUACAGUUGCGAAUAAUACAAUGAAUACAUAUACAUACAUAUGUAUGAAUGUAAACAAAAAAUAAUUUUUAAAAUUCAUAUAGUAAAUCAAGUGCAAGCAACAACAAAAGUUACACACACUACAACAAACUACAUAGUGCAAGCAACAACUAAUUGUUAACAAAAAUAAUAUGACUUGUCUCUCAGACAUUGAUCUGGCCACUUUGCAUAAAAGUCGCCUCGAGGAACGUCUCAACUACAAGUUAGCCUGGGGUGGCGCUACAACAAAUCGGCUUACAGCCUACCACCAACACUCACAUCAUCAUCAACAACAACUUCCGCCUGCUCAAUAUCUGCCGCACUACAGUCAGCAACAGUCACAGCACGCCACCGCCGCCGCCGGCACAAAUCGCUCACGAAACGGUGCAAAGAAGCAACAAAAUUUACAACAGCAACAAUCGUCAAAUCAUCAACAACAACAGCAGCAACAAUUACACACUGGAGGCGGCGGCGGCGGCGGCAGCGCUGGUUUUAGUGAUAUGACACGCUUUUGCCUACAACGUAAUAUGCAUAGUAAAUAUCUGGCUGACGUUGAUGAUUUGUUGAAUGGCAACCACGACGACAUUGAACUUGCCGACAAAUUGCGCCAUUUAAAUUUGAGCCUCGGUGAAUUUGAAAAUGGCCACCGAAAAGUGCAACACAAGAGCCGCAAGUCGAUCGCGGAAGGCCAAGUGGUUGAUGAUACAAAUGGCAAUUACUUUACGACGCAAACACGUCGUCGACGUUCGGGCACAUGGCCGCGCACCAGAAGUUUAAAUGCUCCAUCGCCAUUUCAACAAUUUGGACCAUGUGGACGAAUAAUGAAAAAUCAAGCAAUGGUUAUGCAAAUUCAGGAUCCUGCCAGUCAGCGUCUGACCUGGUACAAACCACCGCUCACCGUGCUCGUCAUAAAGAAAGUGCGUGAUUCGACGGUGUUGGCGCCCUUUGUGCAGCUAGUUGAAUGGCUGGUACAGGAGAAGCACAUGGUCGUUUGGGUCGAGUCGGCGGUGCUCGAUGACCCGCUACUAUUAGAAGAUAAGAAAUUUCAAAAUAUCAAAGAGAAAUUGGUGACAUUCAAAGAUGGCCGUGAUGAUUUAACCGAUCGUAUUGAUUUCAUAGUCUGUUUAGGCGGCGAUGGCACACUGCUGUAUGCCUCUUUGCUCUUCCAGCAAUCAGUGCCGCCAGUAAUGGCAUUCCAUUUGGGUUCGCUCGGUUUUCUAACACCAUUCCAAUUUGAUAACUUUCAAGAGCAAGUGACAAAUGUGCUCGAAGGACAUGCUGCGCUAACAUUGCGCAGUCGCUUGCGUUGCGUCAUCUAUCGCAAGAGUGAUCGUCGCAAGGAGUCGGAGAGUUUACAACAAAAUCAAAGAAAAAAUCCGUAUAAUCAUCAAACAGAAAAACAUUGUACUGCACUGGAGGAUAAUCAAGUAUCAAGCAGUGCUAGUGGUGGCACAGGCAAAGCGACCAGUCGUGCAUCAACAAAUAUAUUGGUGCUCAACGAAGUCGUCAUCGAUCGUGGCCCCUCACCGUACCUGAGCAAUAUCGAUCUCUUCUUGGAUGGCAAAUACAUAACAUCCGUGCAGGGUGAUGGCUUAAUUGUGUCCACGCCCACCGGCAGCACAGCGUAUGCCGUCGCUGCUGGCGCCUCGAUGAUACAUCCCUCCGUGCCGGCCAUAAUGGUAACACCCAUUUGUCCACAUUCAUUGAGCUUCCGCCCGAUUGUGGUGCCCGCCGGCGUGGAGUUAAAGAUCUCCAUCUCACCGGACAGCCGCAAUACAUCGUGGGUCUCGUUUGACGGUCGCAAUCGUCAGGAGCUGCUGCACGGCGACUGUCUACGUGUGACCACCUCAAUUUACCCCGUACCCAGUAUAUGCGCACAGGAUCAAAUUUCCGAUUGGUUCGAUUCGCUGGCGGAGUGUCUGCACUGGAAUGUGCGCAAGAAGCAGAAAUGUUUGGAUGAGUUGUGCGAUUUAACCGCAUCCGGUUCGGAGGAUACACUCGAUGAUCUGGAUCGCGUUAAUGACUCCAUAUUAGAUAGUUAG